CCAGCAACCAAAUCAAAAUCAGAGCCAAGCAGGGAGAGCAGAGCACCCGCAGCCACCAGCUCCAGCUACCGGGUCCUCCCUCCGCCUCCCUCUCCAUCCUUCCUUGGCCUCCAGCAACUCCAUUCCGCGAUUCAUGGCGGCGCCCAAGUCCAUCGACCGGGUCGCGGCGCGGCGGGUGGUCCCGGCCGAGCCCACGCCGGCCGGGCCUCUCCGCCUCUCGUGGUUGGACCGGUACCCCACGCAGAUGGCGCUCAUCGAGUCGCUCCAUGUGUUCAAGCCGGCCCCUGACCGCGUCGCUGCCGGCGGCGACGUCGAUGCCUCCGCCACCGGCCCGGCCAGGACGAUCGAGCGCGCCCUGGCCCGGGCAUUGGUCAGCUACUACCCGCUGGCCGGCCGGCUGGUGCUCUCGGAGGACGGCGCGCAGCAGGCGGUGGACUGCAGCAACGCGGGCGUGUGGUUCACGGAGGCCGCGGCGGCGUGCAGCCUCGAGGACGUGGACUACCUGGAGGCCCCGCUGAUGAUCCCCAAGGACGAGCUCCUCCCGCCCACGCCCGCCGGCGAGGAUGAGCGCGCGCUCGUCCUGCUCGUCCAGGUCACCGCCUUCGCGUGCGGCGGCUUCGUCGUCGGGUUCCGGUUCAGCCACGCGGUCGCCGACGGGCCCGGCGCCGCGCAGUUCAUGAACGCCGUCGGGGAGCUGGCGCGCGGCGCGGGGGCCGCGCCGGCGGAGCCGCAGUGGGGCCGCGACGCGAUCCCGGACCCCGCGGCCGCCCUGGUCGGCAGCCUCCCGCGCCCCGACGGCGCCAAGCGGCUCGAGUACCUCGCCAUCGACAUCUCCGCCGACUACAUCAACCACUUCAAGGGCCAGUACAGCGCGGCGCACGGCGGCGCCGCCUGGUGCUCGGCGUUCGAGGUGCUGAUAGCCAAGGCGUGGCAGAGCCGCACCCGGGCCGCCGGGUUCGAGCCGGACUCCCCCGUCCACCUCUGCUUCGCCAUGAACGCGCGGCCCAUGCUGCACGCCUCCCUCCCGCGCGGCGGCGCCGGGUUCUACGGCAACUGCUACUACAUCAUGCGGGUGUCGGCGCCGGCGGGCAAGGUGGCCGGGUCGUCGGUCACGGAGGUGGUCAAGAUCAUCAAGGACGGGAAGCGGCGCAUGCCCGCGGAGUUCGCGCGGUGGGCGGCGGGGGAGAUGGGCGCCGACGACGGCGUCGACCCGUACCAGAUCACGUCCGACUACCGGACGCUGCUGGUGUCCGACUGGACGCGGCUCGGGUUCGCGGAGGUGGACUACGGGUGGGGCCCGCCCGCGCACGUCGUGCCGCUGACGAACCUGGACUACAUCGCCACGUGUAUCCUGGUGAAGCCGUGGGCCCACAAGCCAGGGGCGCGGCUCAUCACGCAGUGCGUCACCCCGGACCGCGUCGCCGCCUUCCACGAGGGCAUGCUCGACAUGAACUGAACAAGUCUGAUGGUCUGAUGGAGGAGAGCGAGCCAGUCAGGGAAGCCGAAGGCGAGAAGGAAGCUCGUGGUUAAGGUUAAUGACGUGAUUAGGUGGGUAAUUAGAGAUGGUUGUUGGUGUCAUGUGGGGAUUGGUAUCGGAUUAGCUAACUGGUGGGGGUUGAUGAGUGUUGCUGGUUGGUGAAUGUGUGCGUAGCACCUGAAUAACCGAACUCCUGAAUUCAAGAAGGUUUUGGGGGAACUGAACUGUAUUGCAUUGCAUUUGGUGGGAAGCCACCACCUGCUUACACCGAUAUUGGAUUAUUUCAUCUUUGAUCAUACUAGUACCUGGCAAUUUGUUAA